GCGGGGCCGGGCGCUCUACUUAGCGCGGGGGCGACCCUGAGGAGCUACAGCUGCUGCUCAGGCACCGGCACCAUCGCCAUCGCCGGCCAGGGCGGUCUCAGGCUGCAGGCCCCGGCCCUCUGCGGCGGCAGCGGAGUGCGGUUAAUCUAGGAUCCAGUUUCCAAAAUGUGGUGGCUCCUGGCCACACUCAGCUGCCUGGUGGUGUUGACCAGUGCCUGGAGCAAUGUGCAUUUCCCGCCUCUGUCGGAUGAGCUGGUCAACUUUGUUAACAAGCAGAACACUACGUGGAAGGCUGGACACAACUUCUACAACGUGGACCUGAGCUACGUGAAGAAGCUGUGUGGCACCUUCCUGGGCGGGCCCAAGCUGCCCCAGAGAGCUGCCUUUGCUGAGGGCAUGAUUCUGCCUGAAAGCUUCGAUGCCCGGGAACAGUGGCCAAACUGCCCGACCAUCAGAGAGAUCAGAGACCAGGGUUCCUGCGGCUCCUGCUGGGCGUUCGGGGCGGUGGAAGCCAUCUCUGACCGGCUCUGCAUCCGCAGCAAUGGACGUGUCAACGUGGAGGUGUCCGCCGAGGACAUGCUGACCUGCUGUGGCGACGAGUGUGGGGAGGGCUGUAAUGGCGGCUUCCCCGCUGGAGCCUGGAACUUCUGGACGAAACAAGGCCUGGUGUCCGGGGGCCUCUAUAACUCACAUGUGGGCUGCAGGCCCUACUCCAUCCCCCCCUGCGAGCACCACGUGAACGGCUCCCGGCCCCCGUGCACGGGGGAGGGCGACACCCCCAAGUGCAGCAAGAUCUGUGAGCCCGGCUACACCCCAUCCUACAAAGAAGACAAGCACUUUGGAUGCAGUUCCUACAGCGUCUCUGGUAGUGAGAAGGAGAUCAUGGCGGAGAUCUACAAAAACGGCCCAGUCGAGGGGGCCUUCUCCGUGUAUUCGGACUUCCUGCUGUACAAGUCUGGGGUGUACCAGCACGUCACAGGAGAGAUGAUGGGAGGCCACGCCAUCCGCAUCCUGGGCUGGGGAGUGGAGAACGGCACCCCCUACUGGCUGGUCGGCAACUCCUGGAACACCGACUGGGGUGACAAUGGCUUCUUUAAAAUCCUCAGAGGAGAGGAUCACUGUGGAAUCGAAUCGGAAAUUGUGGCUGGAAUCCCAUGCACUCGUCAGUACUAGAAGAUGUAACUCCUGUGGGCCUGUCCGCCGGCCCUGGGGCAGUUUUUCCCUAAAUACCGCCAUUCAGACUGGGGAUGAGAUGCAGGGGUAGGAAUGUCUGAGUUUUAGCCAGGGCCUGAAGGACUGGGUCCGGCCGAGCCUCAUGUCUGCCAUCCGCACUGUCUUCCAAGGAGACGCAGCCAAGGCCAGCCCAGCGGACGGGCUGCUGUCACGACGCAAGCACUUAGGCGAGCGAGCCUCUGCCGAAGCA